GAAGCCGAAAGAGCCAUGAGCAGCACCAAACGGCAGGCUGCCGCCCCCCAAAAGCGAGCCACCAAGGCCAAGAAGCCCAAGGCCGCCACCAGUGCCGGGUCUGGCGUCCCGACCAACAAGGGCUACCUGAGCAUGGCCGACGAUUCGUGGGUCUCCUUCGGCAACAUGGAGGACCUCUUCCUUGGAGGCGCAGAUGAUGGGUCCUGCGUCACCGGCAUCGAGGAGCUCAGUCCCGAGGCCUUCACGGCUUUCUAUGGCAUCAACCUGCCGGAAGCCCCCGGCAAGAAGGCCGAUGCCCCGGCCGCGGCUGCCCCCGAGGCCGGCCCCGGGUCCGAGGAUGCCCCCGAGCCCAAGCAGCAAGACAAGCAAGCCAAGAAGCCCAAGAAGAAGAAGGAGAGGAAGCCCAAGAAGCCCAAGCAGGACACCCCGCCGGAGGCCGAGCUCGACACCAAGUCCCCUGCCCCCCCCGCCGGGGAGGUUGAUUCCGACCAGGAGGAAUUCGUCGACGCCCUUGAGGAGCCCCAGGAGCCCGAGGCUCCUCUGAGCGCGUACCACCAAAGCCUGCUGGAGCGCGCACGUGCGAUGCGCCAGCGCCGGGCCGAGCGUGCUGCCUCCCCUGCCGGCAGCGAUGCCGGUGCUUCUGCUUCUGCCGCUGAUGCCACCGCCACCAGCACCUCUUCCAAGAAGAAGCAGCCCAAGGUCACCUGGGCCGAGCAUCUGGACCAGCUGGCCGCCGAGCGCGAGACUCUCCACGAUGUGGAUGUCUCGCCCUGGGUCGAGGCCCUGACCGCGCCGCCCUCCGAGGCCGAGCUGGAGUAUGUGGACCAUGCGCUGGCCCGCGGCCCCAAGAACCAGCGCCGUACUCAGCAUUCGAUUGUCCAGUUGGAUGACAGCGUCGAGUCCGUCCCCACCGGCGAGGCCAUCCACCCGUUGAUCUUGGACGGCCUGCGUGCGCUGAAGUUCCUCAAGCCGACGCCCAUCCAGGCGGCCUCUCUGCGUGUGGCUCUGCGUGAUGGUCGCGACUUGAUUGGCUCUGCCGAGACCGGCUCCGGUAAGACUCUGGCCUUCGGUGUGCCCAUCCUCUCGCGACUGCUGAACCUGCGCGAUGGUUUGGCCACUCCGCCGGUUCUCCGUGGCCCGGAGUUCCUUAUCAUCACGCCCACCCGUGAAUUGGCCCUUCAGGUCCGCGACCACCUCUGCGCCGUGGCCAAGUUCGCCACCGACCUGCGCAUCAUGGCCCUCGUGGGUGGCCUGUCCACUCAGAAGCAGGAUCGCCAGCUGCGCGCCCGGCCGUCGGUCAUCGUGGCUACCCCAGGCCGUCUGUGGGAGCUGAUCGAGGACCGCCAUCCUUUCCUGCAGGAUCUCUACUCGUCGGUGCGCUUCUUGGUGCUGGAUGAGGCCGAUCGCAUGGUGGAGACCGGCCACUUCCGCGAGCUGGACCAAAUCCUGGAUCGGGUCCAGCGCACGCCGACCGUCAUCACCUGGGACGUCGAAAUGCCCACAUCGACCCCUGCGACCGCCGAUGAGCAGGAUGCUGAGAAGUCCGAUGCCCCUGCGGAGUCGGAGACCACCAUGCCCAGCACCAAGGGUACCGAGCAGGCUGACAACGCUGACGAUGAUGAGGAUGAUGAGGACGACUACCUGGACAUGCCAGAAGUUUCCGAGGAGACUCCCGAGGCUGAAGGUGCCGACUCCGCCGCCGACAAAGCCCUUUUCCGUCGUCAGACCUUGGUCUUCUCAGCUACCAUGGCGCUGGAUCGGAACUUCAAAAAGAACCUGCACGGGCGCAAAAAGCACGUUGCCGGUGGCCUGGAUGACCUGAUGAGCCGGAUUCGCUUCAACCGCGGCCCGCAGGCGCCGAUCCGUGUGGACUUCGGCCGGCAGGGCGUUGUCGCCGCCGGUCUUACCCAGACGCGCAUCUUCUGCGAGGAUGGCGACAAGGACCUCUACCUGUACUACCUGCUGCUGUCAGUUACCGGCAAGGUCAUGGUCUUUGUGAACAGUAUCAACACCAUUCGUCGCUUGGUUCCCCUGCUGACGCUGGUAGACGUCCAGGUGCAUGGUCUCCACGCGCAGAUGCCCCAGCGUCAGCGUCUUAAGAACCUGGACCGCUUCCGGUCGGCCGACCCGAAGGCCCCCCGGGCCACCGUCCUCAUUUCCUCGGAUGUCGCUGCCCGCGGUAUCGACGUCCCGGCCGUUGAUCAUGUCGUGCAUUACCAGCUCCCGCGCACCGCCGAUACGUACGUCCACCGGUCCGGCCGAACGGCCCGUGCCAACACCUCUGGUAACACGGUUCUCCUGGUCGGUCCGUCCGAGCUGGACGUCUACCACAACAUCUGCAAGGCCCUCGAUGAGCCGAGUGGCCUUCGUCCCCAUCCCACGGAGGAGAUUGUGGUGCACCGGCUGCGCGACCGACUGCGCAUCGCUGCCGAGAUCGAGGUCACGCACCACCGCCACCGCCGCAAGAACGCCGAUAAGGGCUGGUUCGCCAACAUGGCCAAGGAGAUGGACAUCAUUCUCAGUGACCAGGAUUCGGAUGUCGACUCGGAUGACGACGUGGACAAGGUGUUCACCCUGUCGAAGAAGCGUCGGCGCGGCGCGGCCAGUCGCCAGGGCAAUGAUGAUGACGAUGAUGCUCCGUCUGGCAAGCGGUCGCGCUUCACCGAUGAGGAUGAGGAGAACCGCCGAGCUGAGAUGCAUGCCCUGUCGGGUCGCGAGCAAAAGCGCCUCGCGCAUCUUAAUGAUCAGCUGCGUGCCCUGCUGUCCCAGUCUCUGGAGGAGCUGCGUCACGGACGCCGGAUUGCCGUCGACACCAGCGGGUCCAUCAUCAACACCGUGCGCUCGACCUCGUCCAAGGGGAAGUCUGCCCGCCCAAAGCGCCGGACGCGCUAAAUGCUUGCUCUCGGGCGCAACUGGCGGCUAUGGUUAUGCGAGGGGAGGGAAUGGGGCCCCGACCGUGUUGGUGCCAAAUUCAUCUCCCCUUCCUUGGUGUAGCUUCCACAACAGCAUCCCUCCUCCCCUCUUUCCAGGGCCUUCUGGCCUCCAUAUAAUAGACUGCUGAUGA